AAAAUAAAAACAAACCGAUGUAACGACGGGCCAUACUGCAUCUCUAAUCACCAAUUAACUAUCGACACGUGUCUUUGUUUUCCAUUUUGGUGCACCCAAUUCUUUCUGCUUCGCAUUCUUCCCUUUCCCUCCCUCCUCUCAGUCCAUCCUCUUCAAAAACCUCUCCGCGCCGUUCACCGUUGAAGAACACCGCGAAAAGCACUGUCUGAUUUUAUACUUUCUUGCUUUACUUGCAGAGCCCGCUGAGUGGGCUUGUACUCUAGUCGUCCUGGAUCGGCUUGGCUGGCGAGUCACUGAGUCUGAGUUGAUUGUUAAUUCUAAGAAAAAAGAAGCAACACUGGCGGUGAUGAGAGGGAGCCUGUUGAAUAACCGUCGUGGGUUGCAGAGAUUUCGGCAACUCGCGAUUGCUGUUACUGGAUCGGUGAAAAUCAAGAUCUUAUUGUGUUGUUGUAUAGCUUUUACGAUGCUAGUGCUUGCUGGUCGAGCGUCAGAUUUCAUAAAGUGGACCAAACAUAGUGUUCCUACUCAGCAGUUCUCUGCUACGGGGAAAGGUUAUGCUAUUUUAAUUAACACUUGGAAGAGAUAUGAUUUGUUGAAGCAGUCAAUUUCUCACUAUUCAUCAUGUGCUGGACUGGAUUCUAUACAUAUUGUGUGGAGUGAGCCUAGUCCUCCAUCAGAAUCUCUAGUUAAGUAUCUAAACCAUGUCGUACAAUCGAACUCAAAAGGUGUGAGGCAGGUUGAAUUGAAAUUUGACAUCAACAAGGAAGACAGUUUGAAUAACAGAUUCAAAGAAAUUAAGGAUCUAAAGGCUGAUGCUGUUUUCUCAAUUGAUGAUGAUGUUAUAUUUCCUUGCUCUUCUGUGGAAUUUGCUUUCAAUGUUUGGCAAAGUGCUCCAGAUACAAUGGUGGGCUUCGUGCCCCGUGCCCAUUGGGUUGAUCGAUCGCAAGGGAAAAAGGACUACUACAUAUAUGGUGGAUGGUGGUCUGUUUGGUGGACAGGUACAUACAGUAUGAUACUCUCAAAGGCAGCUUUUUUCCACAAAAAGUAUCUAAGCUUAUACACGAAUGAGAUGCCAACAUCAAUCAGAGAAUACACAAGAAAGAACAGGAACUGUGAAGAUAUUGCAAUGUCCUUUCUCGUUGCAAAUGCAACUGGUGCUCCACCUAUCUGGGUUAAAGGUAGGAUAUUUGAGAUUGGUUCGACUGGAAUUAGUAGCUUGGGAGGUCAUAACGAAAAAAGAACACAAUGUGUUAACAGAUUUGUUGCGGAGUUUGGGCGAAUGCCCCUGGUAUCGACAUCUGUCAAAGCUGUUGACAGCCGCCAUGCCUGGUUUUGGUGAUUCUGGAGAUUCCUCCAGUUGCUGAAUUUCCACUUUUUUUGGUAAUCCAUUGAGCGAUUCCCAUUCUUUUUGAGCUGUAUAAUAGUUUAGCUUCUACAUUAUUUGUCUUUUUUUUUUUUUUUUUUUUU